CCAUGGCUGCCAUCUUCACCGUCGCGACUUUAGUAGUAUUAGUAACCUGAUGUGCGCAGGCGCUGCGCGGUUGUUUCGUCUGUGGCGAUUUCGGCGCAUCAACAAGAAAAAGCUGCGCGUCUUGAGGAAGCUGUUCAAGAGAAAAACAUGAAGGUGUUUGCUGUGGCCAUAUUUGUUGCUCUGGCAUGGAGGACGGGAUGCGGCCGCUCGUUGCCGGAGGAGGACUCGGUGGUGAGCGUGUACACCACGCAGCCAACUACGGCCGGCACUGGCUUUGACGUUUACCACCAGAUCGCCAAUAACAUCGCCGAGAGAAUCUCUUCACCUAUUUACAGGUUCCUUGGCAUCACCAGAAAUAAGACAGAAGAGCAGCCAGCAGUUAAGGCGAAACCUUGGGGGAAAAUCGAACUCCUCGAUGAGAUGCCUGAAGACGUCACCAAAGCCAUCGAGCCUGUUGACAACGAUAUUUCGGAAGACAGAGACGUCGAAGAAUUGUCCGUAGAAGCAUUAAAAAAAGUAGAUAAGAAACCAGAAAAGAUUACGUUAUUCUCGAGCUAUCUGCCCGUGAAAGAGAACUUAGAUUCAAAUAACACGAUAAACGAAAUACCAGAUAAUGAUGACGACGAUGCGCCAUUUGAAUUUGACGACUUUGAUACUGAUCCUAGAGCUGAGAGUCCCUUCAUUUUUAUCCUCGAAUGGUUGGCCAGUUUCUGGCAGAUCAUAUCAGGAGCUUUUGAAUCUAUAUUUGGCUCGAAUUCUUCUAAAGACAGUUAGUACUUCUUGAAUGUUUUUGAUGACAGAAAAGAAUAUUUUCUAUGUAUGUUCACUUUGCAAAUAAUAUUAAUAUUUGUGUUCGGUUAAUUAUGUUCUGUAGAUAAUGCUGGACUAUUUAUAAAUAAUUCUUGUCUUUUGAUAUAUCGUUUUGUAUGUCAAGGUAUUUUUCUGAAGAUCAAAACAAAUGAAACAUUUUGAUUUCUGGAGUGCCAUGAAUUUAAAAUCAGUCAUUAUUUAAGUACCGUUUGAAAAGCAAUGAGUACAAACCGUCGUAGUCAAUAAACUUAUGUAAAUACAUUAGAAGAUUAUCUAUUUGUGGUAAAUAAACUAUUAACCCAAAUUGU